CAUCCCGCCAGAAACUACAGCUAUUCAAGAUGCCGAGAGCAAUCAGAGGUGUACUCAUCCAGUGCGAACCAGCCAUCAAGUCCAUCAUCGUUCACUUGGAUAGUGUUAACAACGAUAUCAUCAUCGAAGAUCUUGAUGAGCAGACUCUGGUUGUUAAGGAAAACAUGGUGCAACUGCUCAAGCAGAAACUCGAGGACCGCCUGAAGGAAACAUACAGGCCCGAGGAACCGCUGGCAGAUAGUGACUAGGAGUUGCCUAGUAGAUAGGAGAUGCAUAUGUAGUGACUUGAAGUCGCCGAACCCCCCUGAAUUACAUGCAUUUAUUUAUACACCUUCAACACUGCGUAACAGUUACCAGCCGCGAUGGACUACUUGAUCCUCUUUAAAGCUUCGAAAAGACGGGCUUCUUCUUCUGCACACUAGCCGAUAAC